AUGCCAAAUCCAGAAGACUACGUAGUCGGCUUGAUCUGUGGGCAACAAAAUGAAUACAUCGCUGUGUUGUGCAUCCUGGACCAGAAACACGACCCUCUUCCCCUUUCCCGCCAUGAUCUCAGCCAUUAUACAACAGGAAGGAUUGGGAAUCUCAAUGUCGUUAUUACCAUGCCAUCAGAGUCAGUACUAGAUUCCCUAGGUAGGCUUACUGUCGACAUGUUGAGAUCCUUCCCUAACAUCAUUCUGUGUUUGAUGGUCACUACUGGAGGAGCUGUUCCAAGACCAGACCAUGAUAUUCGCUUAGGCGAUGUUGUGGUGAGCACCGAUGGCAAUAAUAAGCCGGGCGUAGUACAACUCGAUUUUCGAAAGACUGUUAGUGGAACAGUUCAAGUGGAACGAGAAUCAGCUAUACACCCGCCACCGUUGCCUGGUUUGAACGCUGCAGUCAGUCUUGCUUCUUACCACGCGAGAAACGGAAACCAUAUUGACGAAGGAAUCCAUGACAUUUUGGACAUGAAUCCGCGGAUGCGUGUUAGGUACCAAAGGCCAAGUCCAAGUACUGACAGGUUAUUCAAACCCGAUGCUACGCACGACAUAUGCUGUAACGAGGACGGUUGUAGUAGCGAUCCAUCGAAUUACAUAUCGCGUCGCGACCGACGCCCUGAGGAUGAUAUAUCAGAAAUUCAUUAUGGCACGAUUGGCUUAGGGAAUAGCAUUUUGAAGAACGCCAUUGCCCGAAAUCGAUUAGCGACUGAAGAUAGGGAUAUUUUGUGUCUUGCAGCUGGAACAGGACCAGGAAUUAUAAUGCCCUUUCGUCUCAUUUGCGGUAUUUGCAGCUAUUGCGAUUCCCAUAAGAGUCGAGAGUGGCAACCAUAUGCAGCAAUGGCAGCAGCCGUGUACACGCGGGAUCUUCUUCUGCAAAUCUCUCCUCAGCCGAUUGAGAAUCAGCGCAGGUUGGCAGACCUUAUGACAGGAAUCAAUCUGAUCGAGGAUAAUAUGCUAGCAAUUCGGCAUGCUGUAGCUUCGGGGUCAGAUAUAGAGGCAGAGAAUUCAGCCGGCGCCCCCACAGAUGAUGAGCCGUCAUCUAAGUGGAUCAGCCACUCCGUAACUUCAGAAACAGAUAUGACAGCUCCAAAAAGCUCUAUAUCUUUGCAUGAAAUGGCACAGUCGGGAGGUAGACAUGAAUUUGACAAUGGCUCAACUGUCCCAACAUCUGUUGAUAUGGGAGAGCAAGGGAAAAGUCAAGACGCCACUGACAACACUUCAAUUUACACCUCUGAUAUUCCCGAGUCGUCAAAGUAUAUGUAUGAUCUUGCUGCCAGCUUCUUCGAACCUUCCCAGAUUCCAGAAUCAGACUCUUUGGAGAGAAUUUUGAAGAGUCUACCAGAUAUACUACGCGGCUUCGCUUUGAGAAUUGGUGGGGAACAGGAGACCUUGGGUCAUUUUGAGAUUAUGAAGUUCCUUCAUCAGAAACGAAAGGAUAUUUCUCAAGAAUUUGAACGAUACUAUCUGAGAGACAGUGAUAAUAUUGAGCAAAAGUCAGAUGCUAUGCCAUUCGGCGAUAAAGUCGCCAGUUGGCAGAUAGAAGAUGCAGAAAGUUGCGAAGAAGAUCCAAACCCUGAACCAUAUGUCGAUGACCCAGUAAUUAAUGACGACAUAAAUAUCGAUACAUCACACUUCGAACCUUCGAAAUACCAUGGAUUAGUCAAAAAGUCGACUGCGUUCCAGUGGUUUAUUUCUCGUUUGCAUCGGGAAGCCAACAUGACGACCUCUGACGCUAGUUCAAUGAAAACAAUUUCCACAAAGAUCCGAGACGCGUUGUACGCCCGGACGGAAAACCGUACAAUUAGCAGAUUGAAAGGUCCUCCAAGGUGUUCAAUGACAUAUGAGUCAGAUUGGAAACCAUUAUUGUUUUUCACGAGAGAGGAAUAUACCGAGAUUGCUGAAGACGCGCUCGCGGGAUCAAUCGUACUGGUACGAGACGGAAACAAUGUUCAAGAGGCUCUGACAUGCUCAGAUUAUGUCACUCGUACUUGGAAAUUUUUCGGUGAAGAUUUCUUGCACCUAACAAAACAUGUUCUGCGAAGUAACUCAGGCUCCAAGUGCUCAGUCACGUUGUUUGACCAGACAAAACUCACAGGAUGGCUCGACUUCCAAGGAAACUUCAAGUUGGAGGUUUCGGGAACUGUUGAGGCAAUUGCAGAAGUAGGGGAGCUGUAUGGAUGGUUGACCACAGCGCUCCGAUCAGCGCAUGCUGACAAGGUUGUCAUCGCCGAGCCUAAGAUCGCUAUUGACAUUGGGAAUCGGAGCAUGGCACCCGUCGCUAAUCUCAGUAUCAGAUAUUCAGAUGAUGCUUUACGCCCCGAAGGCCAAUGCUGGAUGGAUUUAUUCAGAAACCCCGUGGUUGUUCAUGGUUUCCCCGUCCGACGUCGUGGGUCAAAUACAAAGCCGGGACUCGAAGUCACACUCCCUCUUCUUUCUGCGCUAUUGAGAACACAACAGAUAGCUAAUUUUUGUGGCAAAGUCCUUCUGAAAGGGUUUUGCACAAUCUUGGUUCCGACGGAGUAUGACGAGGAAAUAGUACAUUGGCAUGUGUUGUUUAACGAGGACGGGAGCCGGUUUUCAUUUUCGGAUCCGCGAGUUCCAGCUAUUGCCAAUGAUUUUAAUCUUGCAAAACAUUUGACUUCUACAGGCAUCAACAACGCUCGGCAUGUCGUUGGCUGGUGCGCACAUGCUUUGAACUUCGCCGGUUCAAAAAAUAUCACCCAUGUAAGAAAGACACAGCUAGGAGAGCCAGGUCGUUUUUUUGCUUUGGAUCGCUUCUCUGUAUCAGGAGGCAAGAUUCUCACAGCAGGCGUCUCUGUGGCAGUGGGCAAGAAGGACAAACCUGCGAGGCUGGGAAACACAUCUGACUAUCAUCGACAACGUGCUGCUUCAUCUUGUUCGGGCUUCCAUCGCGUCACGAAGAGAGAUGAUCAAACAGUGAUCUUCAAUGAUGACGAUAUCAUUGAAGCAGAUUCUCCGUACGAAGGAAAGAUGAGUGCGAGAAAUGUUCUCCGGUGUCAAAAAAACAUGGACCUCAAGAUAUACGAGAAGUGGAACAGGCCUAUUGAAGAAACCGUCUGGGACACGCCGGGAGGAGAGGGAACAGGCAAAACAACUAUCAAGAGACAGAUCGAGUGGUAUCAUUUUGCAGACGAGGUAGGGAGGGUGUACGAAACUCUCCAAAUGCUUCACGACAUCCAGACCGAUGCGUCGACAACGGACGGAUACAAGGCGAAGAUAAAGAUGUCGCUUCGACGACAUCUUGUGGGAUGGGAUUUCACAGAUGUGGUUGAUGGAGUUGGUUCCAUCUAUCUUAAAGAAGAGACUCUUCAGGAUACUGGGUUCGGUUGGGUCGAUCUAGUGAGGGCGAUUGAUGCAGUUACCCUCUUUGGCAAAGGGUUUGGCCAAAUCAUCAAGCCGAAGGACGCGGGCUCAACGUGUGCCGCAUGGGGUGAAAUGCCACUGGGACGCGACCUAUUGGCAACCACUAUACCCGUCAUAAAGGACAUCAUGAACUCGAAUGGGUAUGGCCUAGGGAGUGAGCCGUGCUGGAAGCUGUUCACAGAUUAUUACUGGCAUCAGCCCGACCACCUUUUUGAUGUUUGCAAUCCUGGGGCCAAGUGUCGUUGCGACCGCGUACAGGUCCUAUUGCCUGAAAAGACAUUUCAUCUACGUCGAAAAUUCAGGCUUAACGCAAGAAGCCCGUCCCUAGACAUUCAGGGCGACGGCGCAGUGAUAUUUGGGCAUAGUCUUGUUUGCCCUCUGACAUGGACCUCAACUCCGGGAUUACCUCCUACUUUGGAGGGCCAAGAAUCAGGGCUUGAAAACACUACCCAAGUUUCCAGCCACAGUGAUAGUGUUCUAGAAACAGACUUUUCGGUGCCAGGGAGCGGUUCAACACCACUAACAAUAUUGCCGUCUGGUAAUUCCACCCCUGUACUUGAUGGAAGUGCGAGCAGGGGACUAAACAGCCAGCUAUCUGAGCAAGGAACAGGCGAGAGAGGCACAAUCGGAGGUAUUGCUAGAAAAGCAAGGGAAAAAUUAAGAGUUGUAGCGUCGAAAGGGAAGGAGAAAUUGACAUGGAAAGGCUCCGAACGUUAA